AUGGGUUUGGGCAACGAAUCCUUUUGUGUACUAGCCCGGGGAGAAAAAUGGAUUAGAGAUGUCUGCAUAGCAGCGGCGUUGAUCUUACCGGCCGUGGCUGCGGUUCAUGGCAUCGUCCUCGCCGUGCUGCACGUGGAUGACGCCACCGAUAUGGAUAUCUAUGGAGCACUUCAGUUUUGCUCUAUAGGCAUUCUGGCAGUUCCAUUGACGGUCAAGAAGUCCGAGACCUACUUCCACGAAAAGGGACGCAACACCGUCUUCGUGUGGACGAGUCUACUACUGGCAGGUCUCGUGAGCUUGGCCGUCGAAUUCUACCGAUCCAAUUCCAUUCCCUGCUAUCAGGACGAUAACGGCAGACCAAUAUCGCCGAACCCAAGAGAGUUUCCUUACGGAGAUAGUCCAUUAUGCGGCCUUACCUGUUCCCAGACGGCUGGUCCUUUCUCACGCCUGAGGCAAAAGGCUGCCAGCGAAAUAUUCGUGGUUCCAAGACCGAAUGAGCUCCGCUUCGGCAACGCCAUGUUCCUUGCGGUGGCAUGCUGCGUUCCAGCCAUCAUCUCCCUCAUCUCCAUGAGGAACAAAAUCGUCAUCACCGAUUGGAUCAAGAAGCAAAACGGGCCACAGAAGGAGAAGGAGAAGGAAAUCGAGGAGUCAAAGGAUCUACACAGAACCUUUAGCGGGUUCCUAAAUCUGAUUGAGGUCUUCGUUUUUGGUGGCGCAGCAUUGGCCAUCCUCAUCCUUGGAGAGAUCAACCUUUGGAGCCCACAGAUGGAUUAUCAUACAGAACCAUUUGGAAGUGUUGGCCAGUGGGGCACCAUUGUCGCAACAGGGCUGGCAGUCAUAGGAUCGUUCCUGGUUUACCUGCUAGACGGGAUGAAGGAACCUCCAAAAGACCCUCUUCACAUCUGUGGCUGUGAGCACUGUCGUUUAAUCCAUGAUCGGUCGCAAGAAGUCGACUCGGAGUCUUUUCGAGAAAGCUCAGACGGGCAUGCUGACCACGUUGAGAAUGGCUUCCCCCCGCUCACUGGCAUAUCCACACGUGGGACUGAGGGGACGAAGAAAGGUACAGGGCACAGACGGAAGGUCUCCGCCGGCCUGAUCAAAGUCGGCAAAUGGUUUGGGAGCACCACCGAAGACCCUUUCGGAGCCCCGGAUUACAGAGGGAGUCAGUAUCCCGAGACCCCGGGUGAGCGCUUGCGCAAUUCCAAUCUGAGGGACACGGUCGAGCAGUACAGCACAUAUCGAGAACAUGAGCCGCAGGAGCCAGUGUCGCCGGGACACCACUCAGGAAGUGAAUAUGGGUCCAUGACCCCGAGGCCGGUAUCACCCGCAUCGCAAGAGUCGCCAUUGUCGCCUCCAUCACCGAGCAGGGCUAGGCCGAGAAAUAAUUCAGAACCGGUAUACUCUCGAUCGUCAUCGCAGCGGCGACCGGGAUCUCCUUCUUCACCGGUGGGUUCGCCCGAAGGUCAGCAAACUCGACGUCGGCAGACUCUUGAGGUCCCCGGGUCGAGAUUCCCGCUCAAAGCUCAGCGUCGUUUGUGA